CUCCCUCCGUCCCUCCCUUCCCCGCUCCUCCUCCUCCACCUCUUCCUCCUCGGUCCGUAGGUCCGUACGUCCGUCCGUCCCUCCGCCCCUCAGAGACGGCCCUUCAGCCGGUGUGUGGCCGAAGGCGCCUGGCGGCCGAUGGCGACUCUGGGCGGCGGGCCUUGUUGACGCUGCCCAGCCUUUGCUGGGGCCUCGCCGGCCCUGCCUUGCUUGGAUAAACAUGACAUCCUUUCAAGAAGUCCCAUUGUCAAGCACUCUUCAGACUUCCAACUUUGCACAUGUCAUCUUUCAAAAUGUGGCCAAGAGUUACCUUCCGAAUGCCCACCUGGAAUGUCAUUACACUUUGACCCAGUACAUCCGUCCACACCCAAAGGACUGGGUUGGCAUUUUUAAGGUUGGUUGGAGUACUGCUCGAGAUUAUUAUACAUUUUUAUGGUCUCCAAUGCCUGAACAUUAUGUGGAAGGAUCAACAGUCAAUUGUUUAUUGUCCUUUCAAGGGUAUUACCUUCCAAAUGAUGAUGGAGAAUUUUAUCAGUUCUGUUAUGUUACCCAUAAGGGUGAGAUUCGAGGAGCAAGUACACCCUUCCAAUUUCGAGCAUCUUCUCCAGUUGAGGAACUGCUGACUAUGGAAGAUGAAGGAAAUUCUGACAUGUUGGUGGUUACUACAAAAGCUGGCCUGCUUGAGUUCAAAAUUGAGAAAACAAUGAAAGAAAAAGAAGAGCUGCUAAAGGUGACUAGUGUCCUGGAGAAGGAGACUUUGCAGCUCAGAGAAGAGGUUGGAAGACUGGAAAAGGAGCUUAGCAGUGAAAAGGAGAGAGGCAACCAGCUGCAAGAGGAAAACAAGGGUCUUGUUGAGGCAUCACAAAAUCUAAAAAUGGAAAAUGAAGAGCUUAAGAAAAAACACAGUGAAGCAACUUCCAAAGUUCUCCAGCUAGAGGAAGAUCUUGUGAUGGUGACCCAGAGAGCAAUUACAAAGGAGACUGAGUUGGACAGUUUGAAAGACAAACUCAAGAAAGGAACACUCGAAAAAGAGCAACUGGAAUGUCAGUUGAAGACCGAAAAGGAUGAGAAGGAACUUUAUAAGGUCCACCUGAAGAACACAGAGAUUGAGAAUACUAAGCUCAUCACUGAGGUGCAGACUCUGAAGAAUUUGGAUGGGAACAAGGAAAGUGUGAUCGCCCAUUACAAAGAGGAGGUGGGCCGGCUGCAGCUCUGCGUGGCGGAGAAGGAGAACCUGCAGAGGGCCUUCCUGCUGGCAGCCCCAAGCAAAGAAGAUGCUGCAUAUCUAAAAGAGCAACUUCGCAAAGCGGAGGAGCAGGUCCAAGCUACUCGACAAGAAGCUGUGUUUCUGGCCAAAGAGCUGAGUGAUGCAGUCAAUGUGAGGGAUCAGACCAUGGCUGAUCUCCAUAGUGCCCGGCUAGAAAACGAGCAAGUCAAAAAACAGCUGGCAGAGGCCAUGGCCGAGCUGAGAGUUGCUGUUGUGAAAAAGCAACAGGAGAAGACAGAUCUAGUUGAGCAGGAGCUGCGCAGAGAGGUGGAAGACUUGAAGCUUCGCCUGCAGAUGGCUGCAGACCAUUACCGGGAGAAAUUCAGGGAGUGCCAGAGGCUUCAGAAGCAAGUGACCCGGCUGUCCGAGCAGGCUAAAACUGGGAACCAACAGAAAGUGACGGAUGCCUCAAGCAACACAGAGACAGCGGCUAGCUCUCCUUUUGACAUCAAACUGGCAGCUGCUACAGUUGGACAUGCUGCGUCUGAGAUGAUUUCUGAGGUGGUGACAAAGGGCCAAGUUUGUGAAAUGACCAAAGAAAUUGCUGAGAAGACAGAAAAGUACAAGAAAUGUAAACAACUGCUCUUGGAUGAGAGGGCCAGAUGUAGCAGCUAUGCUGACGAGCUGGCCAGAUUGGAGCUGAAGUGGAAGGAGCAGGUGAAAAUCAGUGAGGAAGCAAAGCUGCGCCUGGCGGAGGUGGAGGACCAGUAUCAGGUUCAGUUGUUGCAGAAAGAACAAGAAAUAAAUGAUCAGACCUUACAUUUGGAAAGUCUUAUGAGGGAGAAGGAGGAGAAGGAGCUUAAAAGGAGACUUGAAAGUCAAGCCGAGAGAGUCACGGAAGGUCAGAGUGCCCAGCAGUCCCAAGUGAGCGGCACUUCCACAGAGCACAGUGGUCCUGUGCCUUCAGUGCCAAAUAGGAGACCAGUGCUGCAGUUUGGAAAUCCCUAUGCAGCCCAGGACAUAAGAGAUGGAGCAGAUGGCGCUUUUUAUCCAGAUGAAAUCCAAAGGCCACCUGUCAGAAUGUUCUUGUGGGAAUUGGAAGACAACGUAGUCUGUAGCCAGCCUGCUCGCAAUCUUAGUCGGCCUGAUGGUUUAGAAGACCCUGAAGAUAGCAAUGAUGAUGAUGAGAAUGCCCUGACUGCUGCAGAACCUCCAAGCCAGCCUUUACAUGCUCACGGGACGGGCUUUUGCUUUGAUUCCAGCUUUGAUGUUCACAAGAAGUGUCCCCUCUGUGAAUUAAUGUUCCCUCCCAACUACGAUCAGAGCAAGUUUGAAGAGCAUGUCGAAAGCCACUGGAAGGUGUGCCCCAUGUGCAGUGAGCAGUUCCCUCCCGACUAUGACCAGCAGGGCUUUGAAAGGCAUGUUCAGACCCAUUUUGAUCAGAAUGUUUUAAAUUUUGACUAGAAUGUCACUUUUUAUUAUGCAUUAUUCCAGUUUACCAUUCAAAAAAAGAUCACAUCCAAUAGCUAAACCAUAUCCGAUAAAGUAUCUACUGCAGUUUUCUGACUACUUACAUUAUAUGUUACCUGUGUACAAUGCAGUAGAAUUAGGGUCAGGAUCAAUAUCUGGCUUAUCAGCAGAUAGCAAUUUAACCUGUUUCUCUCACCUGCUUUAAGAAAAGAAAGAAGUUCUUUGUGUGUAUGUAUCUUUAUUUAUUCCCCGAUUGUGAACACUGUAUCAUUAAAGGAUACAGGGAUUAUUUUAAUGUGACAACAGAAAAAAUUAUAUGGUGGUGGGUGACUUAGCCAACUGAUAACAAGCUUCUAUCAAAUAGGUGAUUGAGCAUGACUAAAUAUUAUGUAAUAAAAAGUAUUUCUGAUAGCAGUCUUGUGGAGUAAUUCCUUGGGUAACUUUCAGAAGAUGUUAUAAUUUAUUCUGUGAACAUAUAGUUUUUUAAUCCUCUUUAGUAAAGAAGUUUAGAUGCAUGUAUGAUGAGAUUACCUGCUUGCAACAUAGCAAAUACCUCUUGUACAUGUGAAAUGUUUGCCUUAGGAAUUAAUCUAAGAAAGCACAUUUUGCUUUAAUCCAGUAUUUUUAUGAAUUAAAAAUAUUAUAAUUAGGUUUAUCUGGAUGAUUAUUUUUAAAUCAGCUUACGGUUGUAUUUAUAGCUAAUGGAAAAGUGGUCUUGGCAGAGCUCCAUGGUGCAAGUGAAGAAACCUCUGCACCAAGCUCUCUGCUCAAGGCCCUGGGCUUCUUGGCCCACGCUGGCAGGGGGUGGUUUUGUGCAUUUUGCACAGUUUUCCUGUAGAGCAUAAUUUUAAGAAUUAAGUUUCUAAUUAAGCAAUUAAAAAUGUGACAGACACACCAAAAUCAAGGUCAUGUGUUUCUUUAGUUAAAAUUUGUUUCUGACUGUAUAGUGCUCAUUACAUUAAAGUUAAACCCAUAUUGGA